AUGGAAAGCCUAAUUCAACGGCAAUCCGAUAUCAUCGAGCUGAUCAAACAGAUCGAGCGCAACUUCAGCAAGGAUUCUGCGAGACGGAAGACACGCACGUAUCUGGACGAGCGUCUGGAUACAUUGGACAAACUGUGGGCGGAGUUCCAGUCAAACAAUGACAAGCUGGCCGUUUAUGAAAACGACAUCGAGCCCUACUUCAAAGAAGAUCAGUACUCACAAUCAAGGAUCUACUUCGACUCUGUGCGCAGCAAGAUCCAUUCGUUUCCCGCUGCAUCAGGUGAGGAAAUGCAACCGAAAUCACCGUUAGUGAAUCCAAGACAGGUGAAACUUACGAUACCGUCAGUGCCCAUCCCGUCAGCGUCUACUGCUCUGACCCCGUCCGUCUACGGCCCGCCGGCCGCGGCCGCCCCUGCGGUCCCCCCGGCGGCGCGCGCGCCCCCGGCGCCCUCCGCGUCCACGUCCACGGAGGCCCCCCCGAGCAAGGUGGCUGACCUCCUCUCGCAACAGCGAACCAACUUCAGAGCAUUCAACAGAAUGGUGAAGAAUAUCAAAGUGGACGAGAUACGCGACAAGUGGGAACUGGAAGACGAGCUGAAGAAUGUUCAAUCAAGAUGGAGUACGAUCGACACCUUACACUUACAGAUCGAUAACUAUCUCCAGGGAUCGGAUUCAAUUUACGACGAAGAAUUUGGAAUCUACGAGAAUACCUACAGAUCAAUCAAGAGGGACUUGAAUCUUAAACUAGCGUCGACAGCGCAUCUUCAACAAUCAACCCCUCGCAUCGACAUCCCAGUGUUCUCCGGAAGCUACACACAGUGGCCCACCUUCUUCGACCUCUACGUGGAGAGUAUCCAUAACAACAAUCUCCUUUCUAAAUGCCAAAAAAUGCAGCACCUGAAAGGGAAACUACGCGGAGAUGCGGAGCGACUCAUCCAGCAUCUUCAUAUAUCAUCCGAUAACUACGACGCAGCAUGGGAUCUGUUGACCCAUAGAUACAAUAAUCAACAAUUGUUAUUUACAAAGCACAUUGAAGCAUUCCUAAAUCAGCCGAUUGUGCAGAAGCAAACAUCAUUUGAGAUCCGACGUCUCUAUGAUACUACGAUGGAGUGUCUACAUGCCAUACAAAACCUGGGUAUCGACACAAGUACUUGGGACCCUCUGUUGGUGCACCUCAUAUCAAAAAAAUUGGAUAUCGAGACCUAUGGUGAUUACAAAGAAGCACGGAAAUCGCCACGUGACCUGCCAUCGCUUUCUGAGCUUAUGGAGUUCCUAGAAGGCAAAUUCACAGCGUUGGAGCCCAUACAUAAGAAAGAAAGGGAAACAACAUCAACUACAUCAAACAGGCCAUAUCAACAGAACAAGCCGUUUUAUCAAUAUCAAGGCGGGAAUCGCAGUGGAAAAUUUCCAAAAAGGGAACUGCAAGCUAUUGCAACAUGCACGUGGAAUUGCCCGCUAUGCAACAACAGUCACGCGUUGUACAAAUGCAACAAAUUUGUCAGAAUGACCCCCGAGGAAAAGCUGAUUACAGUGAUAAAACUACACGUUUGCCAGAAUUGCCUCUACAAACACUACGACAAUCCGUGUGUUUCAACAAAAAGGUGCAAACAGUGCCAGAACACACAUAACACCAUUCUACAUGAUGCCUACGCCAAUGUCAGCAAAAUGCCGCCGCGCGCACAUAUGCCGCGCAUGAAUGAAGCCGCCGCCGUGUCCGUGUCGAAUUCGACACCCGUACACACAGUACCUACGAUGCCUUCACCUUCAACUUUGCGCCAAGAUAACAAGCAGCACAGCGUAAAUCACGUUGCCACAGAUGACGAAGAGAUCUUACUGACGACCCUCUCACUAAAAAUCAAGUCCAUUGAUGGUCGUUAUAUCACCCUGCGGGCCCUACUCGACCAAGGCUCACAGAUAUCCCUAAUAUCUGAAAAUGCUGCUCAGCUGUUAGGCUUACCAAGGCAACGCUAUCAUGCUUCAGUAUCAGGCAUCGGAAAUGGCUCGAAACAAGGCAAAGGAAUGAUUACACUCGAUUGUCGAUCAAUUCAUGAUGACUAUGGUUUCACCACUCAAGCAUUAGUCAUAAAGCACGUCAUUAAUAAUCUUCCUAACAUGACCUUCAAUCAAAAACCAUGGGACCACCUGCAACAUAUCAAGCUGGCCGACCCCCAGUACAACGUAUCAAGACCUAUUGACCUACUACUGGACGCCAGCAUCUACUCUAACAUAAUUAUGAGUGGUCUUAUCAAGGGUCCUAACAUGGCACCCAUCGCCCAGCAGACGAGAAUGGGCUGGAUAUUAUCAGGAAGCGUGAAAACCUUCAAUUGUCACGUGGUAGUCAACAAUUUAUCAGACAUCUCUCAAUACUGGGAGCUUGAAGAGAUUACCAAUCAACCAGAUGAUCUCACACAGGACGAGCAGUACUGUGAGGAGUUCUACCAAUCCACUACCAGACGUCUGGAGGACGGAAGAUAUGAAGUGGCUAUACCUAUGAAGCCCAACUUCGAAGAAAAACUAGGACAAUCAAAAUCAAAAGCCAUAGCACAGUUCCAUAAUCUAGAAAACAAGAUGAAGAAAAAUCAGAACUUUUCAGAAAGUUACAUAAAAUUCAUGAGAGAUUUUGAAGAACGCAACCACAUGCGCUUAGUCAGCGAACAAGUACAAACUUCGUACUAUCUCCCACAUCACGGUGUGUUGAAAUUAGAAUCAACCACUACUGCAUUGAGAACAGUAUUCAAUGCGUCAAGCAAGACUUCGUCUGGAUAUAGCCUGAACGACCUGAUGGAACGUGGUCCUAACCUUCAGAAAGAUUUACAAAGCUUAAUACUCGGGUGGCGUCAGCACAAAUACGUCAUCACGGCAGAUAUAGAGAAAAUGUUCAGACAGAUCAACGUCAGAGAGUCAGAUCAGCAUCUACAACGCAUAGUCUGGAGGGAGUCACCACAAGAAGCCCUGAAAGAGUAUCAACUUUCGACCAUCGUCUUUGGGCUGAAGGCCGCGCCAUAUAUGGCAAUGAGAACACUGAAACAGUUGGCGAUCGACGAAGCAGACAAGUACCCAUUAGCAUCAAGGGCAUUGAUGACGUCAUUCUACAUGGACGAUCUUCUAGAAGGAGCGAGCACGGUCGAAGAAGCAAAACAGCUACAAAAAGAACUUAUUGACAUCUUGGGAGGGGCUGGCAUGAAUAUCCGGAAGUGGUCCAGCAAUACAGCGAAGCUAACUGAAGGUUUAUCAGCCGAGCAACUUGACACCCCCCUCGACUUCAAGUGCUCAGAAUCCAGGAAGACGUUGGGCAUCCGCUGGAACCCUACAAGUGACACGUUCACAUUCCAGAACAAAUAUCAAUCAGAAAACAAUGAAAAACGACUUACAAAACGAGAGUUACUAUCAAAGAUAUCAGUGAUAUUUGAUCCGCUAGGAUGGCUAUCGCCGCUUACUAUCCGAGCGAAAUUAUUAUUCCAACAAACAUGGUCCGAGGAACCCUUAGAUUGGGAUGGACUAUUACCAGAAUCGCUAAACAAAGACUGGGAGCAACUAAAACAAGAUCUUCAACACAUAGAUCAUUUCGAGAUACCUAGAUAUCUGGGAGAUAAAUCAAACUAUCAAAUACAUGGAUUUUGCGACGCCUCGGAGAAGGCUAUUGCUUGUUCUAUUUAUAUCACAACACAUGAUUAUAAGGGCGAGUUUACAUCAACACUCAUGACUGCGAAAACAAAAUUAUCGCCGUUGAAAACAAAACCGUCGCUACCCAGACUUGAACUUUGUAGCGCGCUCCUAUUAUCACGACUUAUGGAAAAAGUCAUGGAGACCAUAUCAGACAACACACAGAUCUUCGCAUGGACCGACUCUAUGGUGGUCCUUGGCUGGAUCCACGGAGACAUCAACAGGUGGAAGCCAUUUGUCGCCAACAGAAUACGUUCCAUACUGGAAAUCAUCCCUGCUACAUGCUGGCAUCACGUCAAGUCAGAGGAGAAUGCAGCUGAUUGUGCCACACGAGGAGUAACUGCUGCACAGCUGUACAAACACCCGCUGUGGUGGAAUGGCCCGGCUUGGUUGUCCACAUUCGAAACAGAGAAGAUCAAAGAAAAGACAUAUCAACCUCCAACAAUUGAGGUCAAGAAAAACAAUGUGAACGCAGCCUUAUGUCAUAAGAAUGACCUAGUGGACAAGUUAUUAAACGAAUGCAGUUCACUGCACCGAUCGUCUCGGAUGAUGCUCAUAUCGUACAUCUUGUCGAAAUACAUGUUCAUGUUGUUGUUAAAUUGUGUGAUAUUGCAGUCGCAUUGUGCUGAAGUCAACAUUGAUAAGAAAAGUAGUAGCGCCAUGGAUAUGUAG